GCAUCGAAUUCGAGUAGAGUCAAAGUCAAGUCGAGUCGAGACAGUCGACGGUCGAGUCAGUCCAGCUAUUAUAGCCAGAAACAGAAAAUCACAAAAUUCUCUGCCACUCAGUAACACCAGUUUAGUCAGUGUUCUUAGUUCGUGGGUAUAGGACGCGUUCAUUUUGUGGGGACUCCUACACUUCUUAUUUUCGUCAUAUUAUAUUUCUGUGCUUUGGCUGUGAAUGUGAUUCUGUCGCUCAGCCUUAUCCGAAAUAGUGUCAAAUCAAGAAGUGAAUCCUAAACACUCUCCCGACCGAAACAUAGACACAAUUUUGACAGUCUUAUUUUUUAUUUAAAAAAAAUAGGUAUAGAAAAAUUAAAUUUUCUUCUUCCGAUUUGUAUAAAUUUUAACAAUUUUUCUUAAAUAAUUGCAUUUGAAACCCAAUGGCUAGAACAAGUGUUUAAUAGCACGCACCAUCAUCAAACACCGCCCUUUAUUUGCACUCCGCGUCACAUCAAACACAAUAAGCAUAUAAUUAUCCACUCGCGGGAUUUAAAUUUUUCUUUUUUCAAAAUAAAAAUAAAAAAGGAUACGAAACAAGUAAACUACUUACAUAUAGGUAUACAUCAUUUACCGAGUUUACGAGAAGAGUGAAGUGCUUGUUGCCUUUUAAGAAACAAAUUGUAAUCAACAACCAUCAUCAUGUCAAAGCCCGAGAUGAAGAAUGGAGUGGCUUCAACCACUACCUACGACUUUCAUUACCCGCAGCCCAAAGAAAAGGAAACCUUUCUGGAAUUUUGUUAUAACAAAAAGAAUGGCACCUACUUCGGACGCACUAUUAGUAGUUGGGGUCGGCUUUUAUUAUUCUACAUGAUAUUCUAUGCCAUCUUAGCUGGACUCUUUGCAAUUUGCCUUCAAGGACUCUUUGCCACGAUUGAUGAUCACGAGCCUAAAUGGAAAUUAGAUUCAUCAUUGAUUGGCACAAAUCCUGGACUUGGUUUUCGACCAUUGAGUGAAGAAACCGAACGUGGUUCAGUUAUACAAUUCGAUACGAAAAAACCUGGCGAAUAUAAAUAUUGGAAAGAUUUAUUAGAUGUGUUUGUACAACCUUACAAUCAAACUGGACAAGAAAAUACAAAAGUCUGCAAUUUUGGACAAACUCAAGACCCAAACAAAGUCUGCAUUGUUGAUAUAAAUUCAUUUGGUGAAUGCUCACCUGAAAAAGAAUACGGCUACAAUAAGGGUCGACCAUGUGUGUUCUUGAAGCUAAAUAAAAUAUUCGAUUGGACACCAGAAUUUUAUAGUGAUCCAACUAGUCUACCCGAAAAUAUGCCAGCUGAUUUGGUGGCACAUAUUAAAGGCCUAAAUGAGACUGAACGUGAGCAAAUCUGGAUAUCCUGCGAGGGACAGCAUUCACUCGAUAAGGAGAACAUGGGUGGAAUUAAAUACUAUCCCUCUCGUGGCUUCGCCUCGUAUUACUAUCCUUUCCGCAAUCAACCAGGAUAUCUGAGCCCUCUUGUUGCCGUUCAAUUCGAAUCAAUAAAAUUGAAUCAAUUGCUUAGCAUUGAAUGUCGUGCUUGGGCUAAGAACAUUAUCUACAAUGGCAGUAUUCGAGAUCGAAUGGGGUCAGUGACCUUCCAAUUGUUUGUCGAUUAGAAAUUCAGUAUUAAUUUGAUUUUAAAUUAUUCAUGCGUUAAACUUAAAGUCUACGUUAAUAUACUGCACAUACAACAACUUACAAAAAGGACCAAUUUUGAUAAAAUAUUAAUUAAUCUUCAUCCAUCAGUCAAUUCUGUCAAACAUUGUAUUUAACAAAUAUUCUGCCAAAAAAAAUUAAAUAUCUUCGAAAUGAUAAACUGAAAUCAAUCAUAUUAGUUUAACACAAAAGAUGCCUAUAAAAUUACAUCAUAAGCCCGAAAAACAAACAUUGCCGAAGUUGACAAACUUCUUCCUUUUUUAUGUUCACCGCAAUCCACAUUAACCCUAUGCGUGUAAAGUUCAAUUCAUAAAUAUAGUUUUAUGCUAAAAAUCAAAUUAAAUGUAAGAUAUUUCCAAUUUUCCGGAAAAAUAUUUUAUAUAAAGAGAAAUUUAAAAGAAUACGAAGAUUGUCAUUUUGUAAAAUUAAGUUGAUAACAAAGUUUUAAUUAAAAAAAAUAAUAUUCAAAUGA